AUAAAACCCGGUGUAUUUUUUCUUUUGAAAGCAGUGAGCGGAAGUGUGUGUGUUUCAUGGGUCCUUGCCGUGCUCGCAGCAUCCUGACGUCUUCUCACAAAGUGAAAACGCAUCAGUGAUGCUGCGCCGUCCUCCUCGCGCUCUGAUGCCCGCACGGAGCCACCGGACGGGCUGAGCCUGCGGGGACCUCCCGUCUCAUUGUUUCAAUCGGUUUGAUUCGAUCUUUGGAUUUGGACUGAAACCUUUUUUUUUGUUUGUUCGUCCGCGGGAUACUGAUGGCCACCACCGCCACCGUCCCCAGCAUCAGCACCACCAACACCAACAGCACCACCACCGGAGGGCCGACGGGCCAGCCAGGACGGCCGGGAUCCAACCAGCACACCUAGCGGGUCUCUUCCUGCCGAGGAGCCCAGUUGCCUUAACUGACCUUUGACCUUUCUCCAACAACCCCACCGAGGGGGUCACGACCCCAGCGCAGAACAGCAGGACUCCUCCAGCAAUGACGGAGCAGAGAGUGGACGUGGUCUGAUACAAACCUGAGGCCAGGACCUGAAAGAUGAGCGAGAGCAGGAGGAGGAGGGAGCCGUGAGACGCCGAACGGGAGGACAAGUCAUGACAAAAAGGACGUGAGCUGUCUUUUCUUCAGGUGCUUUCAUUAACCCUGCCAUGACGGAGACACUCUGAAAACCUGCAACGAACUCCUAACAUUUCAAUCCAGCAUCAAAAACCAAAAACAGGGACGACCUUCAGCUUCAUGAGAACCGACGAUGUAGAAGAAGACAGCCAUGAUUGUCCUACUGAGGAGUUUCGGUCAUGCUACAGCCUUCAUGAAUACUGAAUUUAAGAUCACAGACAGCAAAUAAGAUUGUGUAACAGACAAAAAGGGCAAAGACUCGAUUUACUACUUAGACAAAUUAACAACUGAGCUGAAAGAUUGUACAACAACGACGACGAGAACAACGACAGCGGUCAUCAAACGUUGGAACCAAACUUUACGUGAGGAACCAAACCAGAGCGAGGUCCAUGAUGACGCAUCUGCACGCCGGCCUGAGCUCCGAGACGACGGAGAAGGCUCGCUUAGAGCUGAACGAGAACCCGGACACUCUGCAUCAGGACAUCCAGCAGGUGCGGGACAUGAUCGUGACGCGGCCAGACAUCGGUUUCCUGCGAACGGACGACGACUUCAUCCUCCGUUUCCUGAGAGCCAGGAAGUUCGAUCAGGUGGAAACCUUCAGACUGCUGGCCCAGUACUUCCAGUUCAGACAGCAGAACCUCGACAUGUUCCAGAGCUUCAAGGUGGACGACCCGGGUAUUAAGCGGGCACUGAUGGAUGGUUUCCCGGGCGUACUGGAGACUCCAGACCAGCAUGGCCGAAAAAUCCUCAUCCUGUUCGCCUCCAACUGGGAUCAGAGCAGGAACUCGUUCACAGACAUCCUGCGGGCGAUCCUGCUCUCUCUGGAGGUUCUGAUAGAGAACCCGGAGCUCCAGAUCAACGGCUUCAUCCUCAUCAUCGACUGGAGCAACUUCUCCUUCAAACAGGCCUCCAAGCUCACCCCCAACAUCCUGAAACUGGCAAUCGAAGGACUUCAGGACAGUUUUCCCGCUCGGUUUGGAGGAAUCCAUUUUGUGAAUCAGCCGUGGUACAUUCACGCCAUGUACACCAUCAUCAAACCUUUCCUCAAAGACAAGACGAGGAAAAGGAUCUUCCUCCACGGUAACAACCUGAACUCGCUCCACCAGCUCAUCCAGCCCGAGUGUUUGCCGUCAGAGUUCGGCGGGACUCUGCCUCCGUACGAUAUGGGCAUCUGGGCUCGAACGCUGCUGGGACCCGACUACAACGACGAGACCGAGUACACGCUGACCUACGACGCCCUGCACGUCCGCGAGAACUGUGGAGGAGGAGGAGGAGACAAGGACAUGAUGAAGAGGUCUCAGUCGGCGGUGGAACCAGGAACUCUCCGACAAACGGACAGAGACACCAGCACACCACUACUGGCCCUGGACUGAACACACACACACACACACACACACACACACACACACACACACACACACCAAACACAUAAUCAAACACACACACACUUUUAAAGAUGAGAACAAACCACAACAUUCACUUGACACAGACACACAAAUUCUGUCUAUAUAACGUGCACACACACACACACACACACACACACUCACACACACACACACACAGUCCUGUCUCUGAGCCGUCUAAUGCCUCUCAGCUGAGCCAGCAGCAUCUGUCCUGAUGUCCAUGACAACACCACACUCUGAAGAGUGUGUGUGUGUGUGUGUGUGUGUGUGUGUGUGUGUGUGUGUGUGUGUGUGUGUGCUACACGGCCGGGUAGGGAACAUAAAACACGCUGAAACACGGAGCGUUACAGAGGAGGACAGCGAGUAAACUUCAGAGCGGGUUACACCAACAAGGAUUCAUUUAAAUAAAGAUCAGGUUUAUUUCAUUUGAAGCGAUGAAGCAGGUUUAAAGUCAGUCAGUGUGAACUUCAGUGAGGUGUUCUGAGUUUGUCGGAACAGGAGGCCGCGAGUUGCAAUCUGCAAAUCAAAGUCGUGCACACUGGUGUUUAAAGUUUAACUGACUGAGGCCGUGUGAAGCGGCUCGGCUGAGAGUCCGAGGCCGUGGUUCUCUGCUGGAUUGCUCCCUCCAGGUUGCCCCAGGUGAAGGAGUUCAAGGACCGGCAGGCUGGUGCAUUGUCUGCAGUACUGCACCACUCGCUGGGUCAGUCGAUUCCCCGGUUCAUCUUCGUUCCAAACCUCACCCAUGGUCAUGAACUCAGCCUUUAGCGUUAGGGUGAGGAGCUCGGGGUAGCUGCUAAUUGAUGAGCCAGCUGAGGUGGUUCGGGCGUCUGAUCAGGAUUCUGGGCGCCUUCUGUUGGAGGGGCUGCAGGCCGCUACGUUCAGGGUGCGAUCUUUGAUUUAUCAGUUCACAUGAACAAUUUAAUGAGGUGAUAAUUAAGUUGUUUCUGCUACCCUCAAGUGGCCACGAAUCAAUGAAUGCAGCUUUAAAGAAAAGUUUAAUUCAGGUUUAAAUUCGAGGUCGUGAUUAAAGAUAAUCCUUGUUGGUGAAACUCUAAAACUCACAAAUACUCGCUGGAGUAUUUUCCCAUUAUUGAAAUAAAAAUACUGACGUUCAUGUCCUGAAAUCUAAAAUUAAAUGGAGGUGAAAUAUUUUCCAAGUCACAGGAACGAAGGACGGACGGUGAGAAAGAAACUUUGGUAAGAAUAAUUUCACUUUUUUUUUCGUUCUUUCACGUAAAAAGACGAAACUGCGUCAAGUUUAGACCUUCAGUUUAAUAAGCGCAGCGCACACGUCAGCACACGUCAGAGCCGGAUCACGUGCAUGAAGAUUUAAGAACCAGAGUGAAAUGUUUCUGUACGAGGGCGUGUCGUGCUGUGAAGGAUGCCAAAUUAUCACUUCAGAAGGAAAAGAUUGUUUUUAUUCUUGAAUUUAACUUAUUUGAAGAUUGUAUAUUAUUGUUAUAAGUAUUAUUAUUAUUGCACUGCAAAAAAAAAGUGACACACUCGGCUGGUUUGAGAUAUUUAAAGUCACAUUAUCUUUAAUAUUUCUGCAGCGUUGUGAGGACACGUGCAGGCUGACGAUGAUUUCACUUGAUAUCUUGACACAAUGUGGAUUAUUUGUAAGAUAUUAAAGGCUGGGUUUGUCGUCAUAUUGUUUUUUUUUGCAGUGUGUUUGACUCAUCAUCAGGGCUACACUGAGCAGUGAUCUGAUCUCCACUCGACUGUAAUGUAAUGUAUUUCCUUUCAAUGAAUGUAUAGAAGUAAACAUUUACACCAA